UUUAGAAGUGUAGUUUCUAUAAUUAUAUACAUUAUUGAAUGAAUAGAAKCUCGUUUUUAAUUUGUUACGAAAAAAAUGUAAUAACCCAAAAUAAACCCUUAAAAUAUUGGUAUUUUUCUAAAUAGAAAAAAUGGAGCAAAAAUGUUUCUCGUGGGAGGUCUCCUGAGUAGACGUUUGCACCACUUCGGCCCAGAGAUCUGCACACAUGUGAAAGUAGAUGCUAUAAGCUAAAGACUAAAAGACUAAAUGCAGUUUUAAUGCAGAGCUGUGUUUCAUAAGUUUAACAGCCUUCUUCAACAUGUACUAUCCAUUUUCUCUUGUGGUUCUUUUUUCUAUCUGCCUUCACCAGUACCACUGUAUUACAAUCGGAGACGAAGAACACAAUGUUUUACAGGAAAUUGUCCAAGAAUUUGAGAACUCACCGACAGAUUCCAGAUAUGACCAUGUCAUUUACUUGCCUAUCGGCCAAGCUCACAUUGUUCCAAAAGUCUUUAUCUGGUGCCCAAUGAAGCAUUUUCAAAUGCCUUUGAGAUGUCCUGUUGACAACUACCCAUUGAGGUUUAGAGGCUUUACUAAAUCAUUGCGAGUGCAUAAGAACAAGGAACGUUCACCAAGACUAGUGUAUGACAUUGGGGGCAAUAUUCUUCUUGUGCAGUCUUAUUAUGUGUGUGCUCUUGAAGAUCAAGAUAAGUGUCAUGGAUAUUUAUCAGCAGCUUCUGAAAUCAUGGAAAAACUCCCAGUCAACGUGGCCCAGAAGUUACCUCUUUUUCUUCACUACAAAAGUGGGUUUUCCAAUGACUUUCUGGAUUUCCUGCUUGUCAGCUUAAGUCAAGGACACACCUUCCAAGAGAUCUCUGAGAUGAUAUCAUCACUGAAUUAUCGCAAGUUUGUGCAAAGAAAUAAUCUUGCUGGGGUGAUAGACCUUGCGAGAGAUUUCCACGACAAUAUUCUUUAUUCUACAAGCGGUAGUGAUAAACUGAUGCAUGUGUUUUUGUGGGACUUUGAGAAGAACAACAAAGCAUAUGAAAUGCACUUGAAUAACAUUCCUUGUAGUACCCUGGUUUGUGAUAGUUCAUUUAAGUUGGAAAGAAAAUGUAAAGUCAAAGGACCAACUACCUCUUUAAUCAAGAAUAUGCAUCUUGAUAACAUUUUUCUUGGCUUAAAUGAAAAUGGAGAGGUAGUCAUGUGGAAGCCUGUUGAUUCAUCAAACUUUGAAGAGCUGAGAGACAUUCUUGUAGCAUUUAGAGACAGGUUGAAAGCAAGUGAACAAGAACUUAAUGCUGUCCUUGUUCCUAACUGUUGUGACAUGAGAAUGAUGUAUCAACAAAUCUUCCCAGAAGUUCAGGUUAAGAUGGGAAUAGCACAUGCUGUCAGGAGUGUGGCAGAAUCACUGCCUAAAGACCAUCCUGAUACACAAGUCUUUUGUUGUAAGCUAUAUCAAAURUUUAGGAACUCUCAGGAUCGGGAGGAAGAACGAAAGGAGGAAUCUACGUCUCCUCUUGAAAUCGAAGCCAAUCUUGACAACUUGUUGACCAAUUGGAGAAGCAAACUUUUGGAACCCACAAUGGUUGCAAUUGACAGACUCAGACGUCACAUCAGGCGAGGGUGCUUGUCAGGGAUUCCUCCAGGAGAAGGCACUGAGAAGUUUGACAGCUUACAUAGACAUAUUCAGAAGUCAUUUCUGAGUCGUGUUACAGUUGUCACACCAGAAAUGGCCUUUGCUAUUUUUACGUGCUUGAUUUAUGCCUGGAAUUGUAAAAAGCAGAUCAAGAGUCACUACAAGGGCAGAAAGGCUGUUCCACUUGUUCCUAUAGAAGCACACAAGAACCAUCCUAAGCCAUCAUCAGAGAAACCUGAUCCAAUUAAGCUUAACAUCAAAGCCUUAGGAGACCAAAGCGUAGAACCAUUGAUUAUCGAAUGUUCUCAAACAGGUGAUGAUUCCAAUCCAGUCACCUCGAUGCUGGUAAUCACACCAGAUGUCGUAGAGUACAUGUUCACAAGACUACUGCAUAUCCUAGACCUGGUCCAUGCAUUCAAGAUCAAGUGCCAAAAGGCCUUCAGUGUUACAGAUUUCCCUAUUCUCUCCUCUACGUAUGGGAUCUCUUUUCAUCAAAGGCUUGUUGUUGAGGCAACUGAGCAGGAAGCAAAUGCCCAAAUCCUGCGAAAGAACCUUUCUGACUUUGGUUUGCAGAUAGACAAUGUCGCUGGGGAUGGUAACUGUUUAUUUAGGAGUAUCAUUCUCCAAGUAAAAAAACUAGCUCAGGUUUCUUCAGAGCUGCAGCAGUUUUUAGUAUCCAUCAAAUUGGAUAAGUCUGUAGAAGAAGACACAGCACAUCUUCGAAAACUCUUUGUAACCGAACUUCRAGACAGUUUAGCUGCUUAUAAGGACUGGAUUGACAUGGAGAAAGUCAAUGUGGAAGAAGAUUUAAAGAAUUUUCAACAAAGUGGUUUUUUUUCCAGUGACAUUGGAGAUUUGUGCGUGAAAGUCUGUGCCAACUUACUGCAAGUUCCUAUCAUUGUUGUACCUUCCUUGCCUAACGUCAAGUUUUUCCCUUUCCUGCCAACUAAGUUUACAUCAACUACACCUAUAUAUGUUGCUUAUAAUCACACUGGUCCAGGGCACUACGAUGGGACAAAGGAAAUAACAGCGCUCACCCGUUCAAACACGAAGUGCAAGUGUGGCCGAUCCUACAAGUACAAAUCCGAAGAUCCUUCCUCCAAAACCUUCUGUGGAGAAGACAGCAAGUGCCCGUGUGCAAUGGCCAACACCCCAUGCAUUGCAUGCCAGUGUUUCAGCUGUGACAACAAACCCACCGUAGACUCUGGCAUAUCUUGCAAGUGCGGGUUUCGUAGAUGGGUUCGUAAGCGCACAGUGCAUGGUUCAGUAGAUGUGUCUUGUCUUAACAAGGAACGAGCAACCUGUGUCUGUGCCAAAGCCGGGCUGGAGUGUAACCAGAACUGUAUUUGYCAAAACUGUGGGAAUGGCAAGCCUAAAGAAGAACCCCUAGUGGAAGACAACCACGAAGACACUCCCCAGAAAAGAGCUCGCAAGGGAAUCAAACGCAGGUCAUGGGGAACAGAUCUCAAGGGUUCAUCUUUCGAAUCUGAGGAGAAGACCAACAGCGAAUGGUCAGAACAAGAAGUGAUAUGUUUGAUGGUUUGUAGAGAGGUUCUGGAGGCGUGUAACGUUGAACAGAAUGUCAAUAAUAUCAGUCAAGUUUACCGGUACAUCGCUGGCUCCAAGAACAAUAAAGACUUGGGUUUGUCCAUAAGAAGCAAGGAAGAUUCCGAUAUCCAUGCAAAACUGUCGUUCUUGCACUCUAUCAAACCCGCCAGACUGUUUAUCGCUACGGUAGAGACUAAUACACAGGUUGAAUGAACUGUGUACCGAGUGUUCUAACCCUCCAGACUGUUUAUCGCUACGGUAGAGACUAAUACACAGGUUGAAUGAACUGUGUACCGAGUGUUCUAACCCACCAGACUGUUUAUCGCUACGGUAGAGACUAAUACACAGGUUGAAUGAACUGUGUACCGAGUUUUCAAACCCACCAGACUGGUUACCACAGGAACGGCGAUCGAUAAAUAAGUUGAUUGAACCGGGUACCGAUAAGAACCACGGGAAGGCAUUUCAAGAAGCUUAAAUCUACCGAACUUUUUCUUUUCUUUUUUUYYCCCCUGAAAUUUACAGAAAUUCAAGUUUAAGUUAUCGAGUUUGGUAUCAAACUGCAAUAGUUCUGAACAGUUGUCAUAAGUAUUAUCACAGUGUGCAGUACACAACAUUUAGAUUCACGGCAGCCAUGUUGUGGUGCAGGAACAGGGAAAUGGUAUUGUAAAGGCCGGUUUAGACGGAUACGAUUUUCGCCUACAACUAUCGUAUACAACACGCUCGCGCCAUCCUACAACUCGAGUCGUAGCGUGCAAAUCAAGCCUACAACUCACCUACGACAGACGCGAGCGUGUUGUGUACGAUAGUUGUAGGGAAAAAUCGUACCGUCUAAACCGGGCUUGAGAAAAAACAUUUUACUUUCCUAAAAAAAACAUUCUGUUGCAUCUUACUACAUAAUGGCUGCCUUAAAACCCCUCUACAUAGACCUUUUCAGCUUUGGCAUAUGUUUUUUUUAAUAUCUCAUAUCUUCUCAAGCGUUAUUGUUAAACAAAGGUCUCGUAUCUUGCCUUUGAAUAUUCUCCUUCAUAUAUUACGAGCGUCRAAGCAGAUUAUAUCCCUUAUAUUAAAUCAUCUAAGGCCUCGGCCACAAGAUAUUUUUGGUAACUGAGAUACUCUUGAAGAUCUUGUAUGUUAGAUGUGAUUUUAAGGCAAUCGUGAUCGCCUUGGGUAUAAAAUGUUUUAAAGGUACGUUUUCAAAAAUUCAUUCACAAGUGUAUAUUUUCUAUUUCAUCGUACUUUUAUUAAAAACCUGUCAUUCUUCACGCACAAAUAGCCUGAUAACUUGAUCAACGAAAAUAAAUGACAAAAGACGCUAA